CAUAUAUAUCACUUUUGCAAGAAAAAAUUCCUCCAUACGAUUAUCUACCAAAAUGACACUGGUUUUCUUCAUCAAUCUACUACACACUUUGAACAUUGUCGGAUUCCGGGAAUAAGAAGAAAAAAAAGAAAAAGGCCUUUUCUAUUGGGCUUUAUGCUUCCACGCUAGGCCCAGUUACUGUGCUUCAUAAUCAUCACAAACGUCACUCUCAAGAAAACUCUAGAAUUCUCUUGAGUAAGAAGAUCAAGAUUUAUAACUCAGCUUCUGUUACUUUCUAAGAAUAGAGAAGAAGAAGAUGUCGAUGAUUCCGAUCAGCAAUCGCCGGAGACUAUCUCCCGGCGAUAGAAUCUGGGAACCAUUUGAACUCAUGAACACCUUUCUUGAUUUCCCAUCACCAGCUCUCUUUCUUUCUCACCACUUUCCCUCACUUUCUCGAGAAAUAUUCCCACAAACUUCAUCAUCCACCGUCAAUACGCAGCUCAAUUGGACCGAGACUCCGACGGCUCACGUUUUCAAAGCGUAUCUUCCGGGAGUGGAUCAAGACGAAGUGAUUGCGUUCGUAGAUGAAGAAGGAUAUCUUCAGAUCUGUACUGGCGACAACAAGUUCAUGAGCAGAUUUAAGCUUCCUAACAACGCCUUGACGGAUCAGGUCACGGCGUGGAUGGAGGACGAGUUUCUUGUCGUGUUCGUUGAGAAAGAUGCUUCUUCGUCGCCGCCACAGCUGCCGGAGAUUGAGGAGAAUCGUAACGUGAGAGUUGUGGAAAUCACCGGCGAUGAUGAUUAAUUAAGUGUUACAUGUUGUCGAGAUAUAUGUGAAUUAAAGGGAAACUUAAAAGUUUAGUGUACUAAAUGAACAAGUUAAUCGCUUGUUUAGGUUGUGUUAAAAAAAAAAAAAAAAUCGAUUGAAUGUUUAGUUUAAUGAAAACAAUAUCUAUAUGAUUUGGUUUACAUAAAUAAUCCAAUGUCAUCUAUGAAGACAGAUAUAACUCAUACAUAGCAUGUCAUUCUAGAUAUGUAAACACACAACAUGUAACCUUCUCCUCUUAUAAACCAUAUGAGUUUUCAAAGAGAGAAAAAUCUUUCUACGCCUAUAUACUCAAUGUAUAUU